ACAGGCAGGGUAAGACGGCUCUGGGUGUGGCAGUCAGAGCAGAUGAGGUGAUUAUAGUGGACAUGAUCAUCAAAGCAGAAAGACACUACGCUUGGAGGAAGGCCAACCCUGAGAUUAAUGAGAGUGUUCACAGCGAGUAUCCACUAACGUUUAAACUCGACCACCGCUAUGAGACAAAGCAGCUCCGUUCAAUGGCCUGGCACCUGGCGUACAAGCUCCUGAAACCAGGAGACUGGAAAAGACUGGCACAACACUGGGGCUUCACUAAGGAGCAAGUGUCGGCCAUCGAGGAGCAGUGGACAGGUCAGCACAGCUAUCAAGAGCAUGGGAACAGGAUGCUGCUGAUCUGGCUGCACGGGGAGGAGUCGGCUCAGAAGUGCCCUGCUAGAGAACUCUACCAAGGCCUCAUCCUCACAGGAAACAAGAAAGCUGCAGAUAAGAUUCGGAUGGAGGCAGAGAAUGCCAGUAGUAAGAGCUGCAACAUUUCAUGAGGAUUAACACUGCAAAAUAUGGACGGGAAAAAUGAACUUCAUGUACAUCAUUUAACUCCUGCUCUGUACAGGACAAUAGCAGUAAAUAAUUUAUUCUAAAAACAAAAUCAUGAUCUUUAAUAUAUGGCUUUGAUUUAGUAAACAAUCUGCGGUGUUG